AUGGAAAAUAUAGAUCAUCUCCAAAGGGAGAUUGCAACCCGUGAAUCGGAACUAGCCGAGCUAAAAUCGCGACUCGCCGCAGCACAGGCACAACAACAGGAUGCAAAGAUCUGGACAUGGCCACUCAAGGAGCACGAGUAUCAACGCUAUGGAAGGCAGAUGAUUGUUCCGAACUUCGGUUUAGACGGUCAACUGAGACUCAGAAGCGCAAAAGUCCUGCUCGUUGGCGCAGGCGGACUCGGAUGUCCUGCCGCGGCUUAUCUCGCCGGCUCAGGUGUAGGAGUCCUGGGCCUUGUUGACGGAGAUGAGGUCGAGGUGUCGAAUUUGCAUAGGCAGAUUGCUCACUCUACAAGUCGGGUGGGCAUGACGAAGGUUGAAAGCGCAAUCACCUACCUACGAGGAUUAAACCCAACCAUCACUUACAAGGCGCACAUUACUCACCUUACGCCCCAAAACGCAGAAGAGAUAGUCUCCCAGUAUGACCUCGUCCUGGACUGCACCGAUCACCCUACAUCCCGGUAUCUCAUAUCCGAUAUCUGCGUCCUCCUAGGAAAACCACUCGUUUCGGCAUCUGCAUUCCAAACAUCGGGACAGCUCAUUCUUCUGAACAACCCUCCCGGAAAAGGUCCCUGCUACCGCUGCGUGUUUCCCAAACCACCACCCCCAGAAAGCGUAGUUGGCUGCGGGGAGGGCGGCAUCGUCGGGCCCAUAGUUGGCACCAUGGGCGUCCUACAAGCACUGGAGGCGAUCAAGCUCAUUUCCAGAGGUGGCCUGGAGUCAACGGCCCCCGAGCAAAUUCAGCAGACUAUGCUCUUGUUCAGCGGCAUGUCAGACAGCACGCCCUUCAGAUCAGUCCGUAUGAGGGGCAAGCGCAAGGAGUGCUUUGCUUGUGGUGAACAUGCAGAGCUUACACUGGAGUACUUGAAGUCAUCUAUGGAUUAUAUCCAGUUUUGUGGUGUGACGCAGCCUGUGAAAUUGCUGGAGCCGGACGCUCGCGUAUCGGCCAAGGCGUACCACGAUCUUCUUAGCAGUGGUGGGAAGCAUGUGCUGAUGGAUGUUAGAGAGAAGGAACAUUUCAGUUUAUCUCAUAUUCCGGGGUCUAUUAACGUUCCUAUAAGCCGGUUUAUGAGUCACCGCGGUGGAGAUACGCUGCCAGAUGGGAUUCCUACGGAUUUGCCCGCUGAUAUGCCAUUGUAUAUUGUUUGUAGGGUGGGCAAUGACUCACAGAUUGCGGCUGCGAAGCUGAAGGAAUGGGGUGUAGAUCGGGAGGGAGAAAGGUUCAUUGGUGAUAUUUCGGGGGGCUUGCGAUCUUGGAAAGAUACUGUUGAUGGCUCCCUGCCCUUUUUGUAG